UAAACAUUUAGCAGUAUACCUUUUCGCGCCUUGCCGUUAUUGUGCAGCAGGUGGCACUAAAGGCAACGAUUGUUGAUUUAGACCACCGCCGAAGAAGUGGAGACGUGUGCAAUAGCGAUGGAUUCGCUGAAUUUAACAACGUAAAAUACGUGUCUUUCGGUUUACAACGGGAAGGGUGGAGUCACCGGUGAGAUUAACAACACCGGUGCUCAUAACCUAAGAACAGAAGAGCCUGACAGGAGCGCAAGAUAACCUCUCAACGAAAAUCUGAGCAAAAUAUGUUUUCUCUUCCUACAACCUUUCAGUCGCAGGGAACAGUGCCUUUGACCCAUCUGCUCAAUGUGGUCCAGUACCUGAAGAGUUCAGCCAACUCGGCCGUAACCACAUCAGUGCAGAGUCUACAGACAAACCUUUCACCUGAACGUGACCCACUUCUCAGUGAGCCCAAAGUAAACUUAAAGGACCUGGGUCUGUCAGAGCUGAGGUUCAGUCAUGUACGGGAUGUUGUGGAGCGCCUGCUGCCUUCUGUAGAUCCAGAGGAGAAAUCCAUCUCCUCCGCUGCCCUAAACUCAACAGCAUGGAGAACAUCUCACAUUUCUGCCCCCUCCUUCUUCCAAAACAAAUAUGGGUUCUCUCACAAACACAUGGGACUCUUUGGCUCGUCGGUGUUUCGCAGGCAAAGCUCCAGCCCCCUCCAGGCAGCCUGCGUAGAUCUGCAUCAUCUGCAAUUAUGGGUCCAAAACAGAGGUUUCAAGACAAUGAAGUCCAAGACUAGACAUCUGCCGUCUGGUUUUGAAGGUCCAGUAGAUGCAGAGAAUUAUACGCCAGCCUUUAUGAAGGGCCUCCUUAUAGAAAAGCGAGACAUGGGGAAUCUUGAACAGUUACUGAAACAGAAUAACUUGCCAGAAUCUCUCCAGGAUGCUUUCAAGACAGGCUUCACAGAGGGCUUCAUGAAAGCUCAGGCUUUGACACAGAGGACUCAAGAUUCUGUAAGAAGGACACGUCUGAUUAUUUUUGUUCUCCUACUGGUGGGUCUGUAUGGUGUGUCCAGAAGCCCUCUCUUCUCGGGUAAAGGGUCGUUUUCCGACACUGUUCGUUUCCGCACCACCUCUGGUCUGGAUUCAGCCGUGGACCCCAUUGAGAUGAAGAAUGUCACCUUUGAACAUGUGAAAGGUGUGGAGGAGGCCAAAAACGAACUUCAGGAUGUUGUUGAAUUUUUGCGAAACCCCCAGAAAUUCACUGUGCUCGGUGGUAAACUUCCCAAAGGUAUCUUGCUUGUGGGGCCUCCAGGAACAGGAAAAACCCUGUUGGCCAGAGCUGUAGCAGGUGAAGCAGACGUGCCCUUUUACUACGCCUCCGGGUCAGAGUUUGACGAAAUGUUUGUGGGAGUCGGCGCAAGUCGUAUUAGAAACCUUUUCAAGGAAGCCAAAGCUAGUGCACCAUGUGUAAUAUUUAUUGACGAACUGGACAGUGUAGGAGGGAAGAGAAUUGAGUCUCCCAUGCACCCAUACUCGCGACAAACCAUCAAUCAGCUGCUCGCUGAGAUGGAUGGGUUCAAACCCAAUGAAGGAGUCAUCGUGAUUGGAGCUACGAACUUUGCUGAAGCUUUAGACAAUGCUCUGGUGAGACCAGGCCGGUUUGACAUGCAGGUCACAGUCCCAAGACCAGAUGUAAAGGGACGCACAGAAAUCCUGGAGUGGUAUUUGAAAAAAAUUAAAGUGGAUUCUGGUGUUGAUGCAGAGAUCAUUGCUAGGGGAACAGUGGGUUUCUCUGGAGCCGAACUGGAGAACCUGGUGAACCAGGCAGCGCUGAAAGCAGCAGCUGAUGGGAAAGACCUGGUUACCAUGAAGGAGCUGGAGUUUGCGAAGGAUAAGAUCCUGAUGGGCCCAGAGCGCCGGAGUGUGGAGAUUGACAAGAGAAAUAAGAUGAUCACAGCCUAUCAUGAGUCUGGACACGCUAUUGUGGCUUAUUACACCAAAGACGCAAUGCCCAUCAACAAAGCUACCAUCAUGCCACGUGGCCCUUCACUUGGUCACGUAUCCUUGCUGCCAGAGAAUGAUCGCUGGAGUGAGACACGGGCCCAGCUUCUGGCCCAGAUGGACGUCAGCAUGGGCGGCAGGGUUGCUGAGGAACUGGUGUUUGGAAAUGAUCACAUCACUACCGGCGCAUCCAGUGAUUUUGAUGGAGCCACUAAAAUAGCACAGAUGAUGGUGACACGGUUUGGAAUGAGUGACAAGCUGGGGGUCAUGACCUACAGUGACCUGACGAACCACAGCCCGGAGACCCAGGCUGCUGUAGAACAGGAAGUCAGGGCGCUGUUGCAGAACUCGUAUGAAAGGGCAAAGAAGCUACUUAAGACCUACAGCAAAGAACACAAGCUGCUGGCCGAUGCCCUGCUAACUUACGAGACUCUAGAUGCAAAGGAAAUCCAGAUGAUCUUGGAGGGAAAGUCACUGGAUCCCAGAUGAUGAAGUCUUGGAUCAACAGUGACAUUUUUGAGGCACAAUCUUACUUUACUUGUAAAUGUAAAUGUUUGUAACAAGAAAGGCUUUUGAAUGACUUUCUAGCCUUCUCUCUUGAUAUUUCUCAUUUUUCAGGUUGGCUUUCAAACACUAAGCUAACAGAAAUCCAGAAAUAUUUUCUAUUAAUUUGAGAAGGUAAAUUGAUGCCAAAAGUACAUAUGCCUGAGCAUUGAACCAAUAGGUAAUGGCUACGUAUGAAAUAAUAUAAAUUCUUUGCUUUGUUUUAAGAAGCUAUAGCAGGAAGAGGAUGAUGUUCAUUAUAUGUUUUAUUCAUCCUAUUAUUUGUCACCCUGUCACCAGAUUGAAGCACGUGUUUAUUAGUCAUUUUAUGGAAUGGAAGCUCAUAAAUGGUGCAUUUUACUUGAAAGCAAAUGGCAAACCAGGUUGUCCCGUUAUCAGUAACCAAAGUAGUAUAGUCUGUUCACUUUUUCCAUGCAGCCCUAAACCACAAACCAAUAACGAAUGUGACUUCCAAAUGUCAGUAUUAUUUUAACAUCUACAGAUACAGAAUAAAUAUACCUGUAAAUGCGUAUCUGAACAAUUGACUAAGAGUACUGUAGAUUUUUGCCUAAUGUUUCCAAUGGACCUUACUAUCCCCUGAUUUUAUUCUUUAAGUUAUUUAUUUGAAUAUACUCUUCCAGGUGUAGCUAAAAGCCUCUUGCUCCAUCCUCCGCCAUAUUUUGGUUGUCUGCAUGUGUGUUUAUGGCUCAGGUGACUGCACUGUUUAUAUGUGUUUGAAAAAUUAUUAGUUCUAUUUAUCUCAGAAAUGAACAUGGCAAGACUAUAAAUAAAGUAAAAAAAUAAAAUAAAAUAAAAAAAGCUUA